AUGGCUGAUAAAGCACAUGAAUUUUCCAUCUAUGGGAUGGUCCCAAAGGAAGCCCUCCAGUACCUGGGGAUAGUCCAGUUGCUUCUUCAUAUGAACUGGAUGUGGAUUGGGUUUAUGGCUGACAAUAAUGAAAAUGCAGAAAGAUUUGUGCAAGAAAUGCGUCUAGCAUUUUCUCAGAGUGGGAUCUGCCUUGCCUUCGAACGGGUAUAUCCAGACUUAAAGUUGGAAGGUGCUUUUGAAGAUAUACUAAAAUGGAUUGAUGAAACAUAUAAUAAAGUCAUAAACAGCACAGCCAAUGCAAUAAUAUUCUAUGGAGAAGCCGGUUCAAUGAUAAUUUUGAGAAGCUUGCUUCAAGUAUCAGAAAUGGAAGAAAUAGUCCAAAAGCCAAAAUGUAAGGUAUGGAUUCUGACAGCCCAGAUAGAUUUUACAUUAUCUGAGUACCAGAGAAGUUUGGAUAUACAAUUCAUCCAUGGGGUCUUAUCCUUUGCAAUUCAUUCCAGUGAGCUGCAAGAGUUUGAAGGAUUUGUUCAGAGCAGAACCCCUUUCAAAGCUAAAGAAGAUGGUUUUAUUAAGGGCUUCUGGGCACAUGCUUUCAAUUGUAUGUUUCCAAACACAGUUCUGGGUGAGGAGGGUGGGGACAUUUGCACAGGAGAAGAGAGGAUGGAGAGCCUCCCAGGGCCUUUUUUUGAAAUGAGAAUGACUGGAUAUAGCUACAACAUCUACAAUGCUGUCUAUGCUGUGGCCCAUGCUCUACAUGCCAUGUAUCAGUUCAAAUCCAAAAGCAAAACAAUGAUUUCAGGAGAGAUAAGGAACCUUCCGUAUCUGCAGCCCUGGCAGCUCCAUCAGUUUCUGAAGUGUGUCUCGUUUAACAACAGUGCUGGAGAGGAGAUUUCCUUUGAUGAGAACGGGGAAUUAAAAGCAGGAUUUGAUAUUAUCAACUGGGUCAUAUUUCCAAACCAAUCUUUUGUUAGAGUGAAAAUUGGCAAGAUAGCUCCCCCGACCCUUCCAGAUCAAGCACUCACCAUCAACGAGGAAGCCAUUGUAUGGCACAAAGGGUGUAACCAGGUACAGCCUCUUUCUGUAUGUAAUGACAAAUGCACUCCUGGCUAUAGCAAGAAUAGGAAGGAGGGGGAGCCAUUCUGCUGCUAUGAUUGCAUCAAAUGUCCAGAAGGGAAAAUAUCAGACAAAGAAGAUAUGGUCGACUGCUUUCAAUGCCCAGACAACUGUUAUCCUAACAAGGACCAGGAUUUGUGCUUUCAAAAAGUUGUAAGCUUCCUAUCUUAUCAAGAAAAUUUAGGUUUCAGUUUAGCCUUUGGUGCUCUUUCAUUUUCUUUCAUCACAGUUCUGGUAUUAGUGACAUUUGUGAAGCACCACAACACCCCUAUCGUCAAAGCCAACAACCGGAGACUCACUUAUACUCUUCUCGUCUCCCUCUUGUUCUGCUUUCUUUGUGCUUUGCUAUUCAUUGGUCAACCAGAGCACGUGAUGUGUCUGCUCCGACAAACCUCCUUUGGCAUCAUCUUCUCAAUUGUGAUUUCUUCUCUACUGGCAAAAACCAUCACAGUGGUUCUGGCUUUCAUGGCGACCACACCAGGAAGCAGAAUGAGAAAGUGGGUGGGGAAAAGAUUGGCCACCUCCAUUGUUCUUUCUUGCUCCCUUACUCAAGCAGGUAUUUGUACAGUGUGGCUGGUAACUUCUCCCCCAUUCCCAGAUACUGAUAUCUAUUCAGCGACUGAAGAAAUUAUACUGGAAUGUAAUGAGGCAUCACCAACCAUCUUUUAUUGUGUCCUAGGCUAUAUGGGUUUCUUGGCCAUUGUUAGCUUCAAUGUAGCUUUUCUUGCCAGGAAAUUGCCUGACAGUUUUAACGAAGCCAAAUUUAUCACCUUCAGCAUGUUGGUCUUUUGUAGUGUUUGGAUAUCUUUUGUUCCAACCUACCUGAGCACCAGAGGGAAAUACAUGGUAGCUGUGGAGAUCUUCUCUAUCUUAGCAUCUAGUGCUGGGUUACUGGGUUGCAUCUUUAUCCCUAAAUUAUAUAUAAUUGUAUUGAGACCUGAACUGAACAUCAAGGAACAGCUAAUAAGCAGAAAAGCCUGCAUAUGA